UUCUACUACUCAGAUCUCGGGUUAUACAAUUUUCGGCAGCCGGCGGGUGUCCGUGGUAUAAAAUCCGUUGACAGCGUGCGACCGGCUAUCAGUGUGACUAGUAGAUUCGACGUGGACGCGCCAGCACACACGCGACAAUGAAGGUAUUCAUAGUACUCCUUGCCUGCGUGGCAUGCUCCUCGGCCACAUUCGGGGACCUGUUCAGUAAAAAGGGCAAAGGUGGAGGUGGAGGCGGUUUGACUGAACUCUUCGACAUCGAAGGUCUACUGGGGGGAUUGUUUGGAGGUGGUGAACAGAAACACGUCCGAUCAUCGUAUGGUCCUCCUCCGCGGCCAGUUUAUGGACCACCUCCACCCCGUCCCGUCUACGGACCUCCACCUCCGAGGCCCGUUUAUGGACCCCCCAAGCCGCUCUACGGCCCUCCAGCUCCAGCUCCCGCUCCAGUUUAUGGACCUCCAGCUCCAGUCUAUGGACCUCCAGCUCCAGCACCUGCCCCCGUUUAUGGACCACCUGCCCACGCCCCAGCUCCAGUCUAUGGACCACCCGCUCCCGCUCCGGCUCCAGUGUAUGGCCCACCAGCCCCAGCUUACCAUCCUCCUCCACCACCACCACGACCAGCCCCAGCCCCAGCUCCAGUGUACGGACCUCCCGUUCAGCACCACCACGUUCCAGCCCCCGCUCCUCAGUACGGACCCCCUCACCACCAGCCACCACCACCAAUCUACCAUGCUCCUGCUCCAGCUCCUGCCCCUGCUCCUCUUCCUGCUCCAGUUUACGGACCCCCACAACACCACCAACAGCAACAGCAACAUCAUCAUCAUCACCAUGAACCGGCACACGUCCCCGCUCCAGUGAUCACCAUCGUGGAACCCCCACAGGCCCACUAUCUGCCCCCGGAACAGAUCCAGCAGCUGCCCCUGCAAGACACCAACGUCAAUUUCCACGGCGUUAGUUCGAGUGCGGUCGCAUCCGGUAGCAUAACCAGCAGCGGUAGCGACGGUGGCUACCAUUACGGAAUCGGCCACGGUUCUGGACACUAAGUGGGUCCGGUUCUUCCACGAGUCAAUACAGCUACUUGCUUCUUUCCAAAUUUUCUCUGGUGAGAAGCGGGUUUUCAAACCAACCCCCCUUUCAAGAGCGUAUGAUCCUUUCUGCGUUUCCACGUCUAUUGUUUCACACCAUCUUGGAAUCCAAACAAGAAGAGCCUUAUCUUAAGAUUAAUUUCUUUUUAAAUAUCUUUCCACAGUAUUCUGUUUUCUGAUAAAAAAAAACACUUUCUACUAAACCCAAUCAAAGGCGUAGGAAAGGGUCUGGCCUCUUGCUAGUCACACUACUGAUUUUACUUUUUUAGUACGUAUAAGCUGAUAAAACUAUACCACUAUCACUAGCACACAGCACCAGAACAUCACACCCACAUGAAAAUCCCAAAAAAUUCCCACCCAAAAGUAUAAGCUUUAAAAUAUUCAAAAACAACAAAAAAUCCUAAUCACAGCAACCGAGGAGCCAGCGACGUUUCCGCCAUUUUUUUUUCUGGUGGACUUCGUGAGCCUAUCUAUUCGAAUUUCUUUUUGGAAAACAAUCCAAUACUGCCGCCAAACUUUGCUCAAUAUGUGUAGGUACUUACUUUUGUAGAGUUAACCGAGACGAAGAAUCUAUUAGGAACAAUUUAAGCAGAAAGAGGACGUUAAGAAUACAAAAACUACAGACAAAAAAACACACUGCUCUUAAUUUAUGUUGUUGUAAAUUAAAGUUAGGAUGUUUUUAUUCGAGCCGAAUAAAAACCAACCAACUAAGGAUGAAGAUUUGAAGAGAGAGAUAGAAGUAGUGGACCUAUGGAUGGGAACAAAUUUUUUAAUUAGAGGUUGAACGGAGUUGAUGAGAAUUAUGAUCAAAGACAGAUGUCGCUAUCUUCUUCUUUUAUCCUUAUAUCUUUUUCCCUUCCUUAUUCUCUAAGGUGAAAAACUGUUCUUACGCAAACGUUCCGUAAAUCUCUGAUUGCCAUAUUUAAAAGAAUGUAUUGACAGACAAAAGAGUGUUAGAAAAAAUGCAAAGUAAACAUGCGGAGUUAAGUAUACAGAAAAAAAUAAGUUUACAGCAACAGGACAAAUUUAAAUGUAUAGCGCAAUCCGAAUGACGGGGCUACGAAGAGCCCCUUUUGGAUGAUUCAUUAUGUAAAGUAAUUAUAGAUUUUAGUUAAAACAACACA